AAGUAUUCGAGCCAAUUCGAAGUUGUUGCGCGCUCUGAAGUAAUUCAUCCGUAAUUCGUCGUAACAAACGAGACUUCCGGAACUUUAGUGCUCGAAUGGCUGACGCCAAGGUUGUCCUUUCUGUCAAACGAACUUAUUUCCAACUCGUGUAAAAUCAUGUAAACGUUAACGGAUCAGUUGAAAAAAUCGUGCAAACGUGGGUAGAUCGAUGCGUGGAUCGAGGAAUCAGGGUGUGUCCGUGGCUUUAAUGAACGGUAAUGCGAGGAGAGACACCGGUGUUACCUCGAGUUUUGGAGCCAGCGAGAGGGUAAUCCCUGUUCUUUGCUGGGGGUGAAAAUUAGAGGCGAGCAAGUAAAGCACGCGAACUGAGGCCUGUUCGAUUUGCUCGAGAGAUGCAUUUCAGAUGAUCCGAAACAUUCAACAAUCAAAUCGACAUUAUGAAUUCGAACAUAGUUAUGGAGGAUAGUAUGAGCGUUAAAUCAAUGGAAUCAGUGGCAACAAGCGAUGAAUAUGAAUUUGUAAAUGAUAGAGGUAACGGAAAACAGCAGCAAGCAUUAAUUGAACUACCCAUGUUGAAAAUUGCCAACAAUGGCAAUUUGGAAGAUCUUCAGAAUAAUCUUCGUGAGGUAUUAACAGAAGACUCAAAAAUGGAAAGUAACGAGUAUAAAAUAGUGAGCAGUGUACAACAAAAUCAACCAAAAACAAAAAAAGUAGGACAAAGUAAAUUUUAUGAUGUAAGUUCUUGUAUGGUUACAUCUGAAAAACAGGAUAUCAUGAAACCAGAAGAUUUUAUUGAUGAAGAAGUGAAUUCUUUAGCUCAUGUACAACAAGAAUGUACUAUUUUUAAUGGUGUAACUUAUUUGGGAGCAGCAGCAAUCAAUGUACCAAAAUCUGAAUCUGAAAUACAACACAAUAUGAACAUUUUAAAUGCAGAACAGACUCUUAAUUUAGGAAUCAAGGUUUCUGUUUCUGUACCUAGCAGUUCUCAAGGUUCUGUUGUUUUAUACGAUGCUGCUACUCAACAGCCAAUUGCACAUUAUGAGGUACAGCGGAUUUUGUUUUAUGCACGUGGAGAAAGUACUGGUCCAUGUGCAGCAUGUUUUGCUUUUACAUGGUCUCAUGGGGAUACAUUAGAAUCUGCCAUAUACCAGUGUCACGUUUUCCGAUGUGACAUACCAGAAGCAGUGGGGCAAGUUUCCGCUUGCUUUUCGAAAGCUUUUCACAGAAUACCACGAUCAAUGACUAGUUCUUUAACGGGAAGUGAUUUCAAUGGUUUUAAUAUCGGAAGUGAGAAAACCAAUUCUCGGGUAUUUAUUUUUGAAGUAAUAAUGGAAAUUAAGGAAGAAGAUGGAAAGGGAGGUUUUAGUACAGUUCCUAAAGACAGAAAUUGUUUUAAACUGCGAAGUAACGUGGCUAAACAAGUGUGUUUAAGUAUUCAGCAAGUGUCCAGUAAGGAAGGAGGAAUUACACUUGAAGUUGAAAGGUGCUUUGGAGUUCUUGUUAGUCCUGGCCGUAACGUUAAACACAGUGACAUGCGGUUACUUGAAAUGCAAGUCAAUGCUGGCCCAAUAAUACAGGACAAACAAUGUUACAACAUAUGUGGACAUUGGGAUCCUGCAGAUCCAGCUUUAGAGGCACUUAACGUAGAAAUUCCUAGAGAGGGAAAAACGUUCAUGACAGUUGCUGUUGAUUUAGUAAUACGCGAUAUUCGAGAACCUGUUAGAUUUAUAAUAGAAACAUCGGUUAAAGUAUUUCCACAGAAUGAAAGGUUUUGGUAUUUUAAUAAACGAAAUCUUGUACAACAAUUUUAUCUUAAUUCAAAAGAGAUAAUAUCUGGAGAUGGAACAGAAGUUCACUAUGAAGUACAAAGUAUCGAAACUUCAGGAGAGUUAGACAGGAACAGAUUAAAUCUUGCUCUUAAUUUAGCUUCAUUGAUUCGAUCACCGUCUUUGACUAGUAUUGAUACACUUACACCUAAGGAAGAAAUAGAUUCAGAUGGUGACGAACCAAUGCUAAGCGGAACGGGGGAGGUAUCAAAGGAUUGUUCCGCGGAUGAACUAGCCAGUUGGGCAGAAGUGUUAGAUAGCUGGCAAGUGAACGAACAACGUCCGAAACUUCUUAUAAAGCUUACAAAGCAAGGUAUUCCUGAAGCUCUACGCGGGGAAGUGUGGCAACGUUUAAGUAACUGUAAUAAUUCGCAAGAAAUGAUGGAUAAAUAUAGAACUUUAAUUACUAAGGAAAGCAGUUGCGAAAGCGUUAUUUUAAGAGAUAUUAGUAGAACAUUUCCUGCCCAUGACUAUUUCAAAGAAACAGGUGGUUUGGGACAAGAUUCUUUGUAUAGAAUAAGUAGAGCGUACGCAGUUUACGAUGAAGAAGUUGGAUAUUGUCAAGGACUUAGUUUUUUAGUUGCUAGUUUAUUACUUCACAUGCCGGAGGAACAAGCUUUCUGUGUUCUGGUUAAAUUGAUGUACGACUAUGGUCUAAGAGAUUUGUACAAGGAUAGAUUUGACAAUCUCCAUAUGCGAUUUUAUCAGCUGAACAGAUUAAUCGAGGAUCAGUUGCCAGAACUUUAUAAACACUUCUGUGAUCGUGGCGUAGAAACACACAUGUUCGCUGCACAAUGGUUUUUAACUUUAUUUACCGCCAGGUUUCCACUUUAUCUUGUUUUCCAUAUACUCGAUGUGUUCCUUUUACAAGGGCUCGAUACAUUGUUCCAAGUCGCUCUUGCGCUAUUAAUGUUGUGUAAAAAGGAACUGCUCCAGUUGGAUUUCGAGAGUAUAUUGAAGUACUUCCGGGUACACUUGCCCAAACGUUGCCGAAACGAAGAAGUAUCACGCUACGUAAUGAAGUUAGCUUGCUCGGUUACCUUAAAGAAGUUGAAGAAGUACGAAGCAGAAUUUAUGACGCUAAAAGAAGCACAAGAAAAUGCGGAUGAAUAUAGUAACGAGGUAGAACAGCUACGUGGAACAGUGGCGAGGAACGAGGAAGAGAAACAAAGAUUAGAGGCUGAAUUGAUUCAAAUUAAAGAGAUGUUGCAACGGGAAGUGGCGAGGGCAGACGCGGAAAGUCGACGAAGCAAUAUUAUCAUUGCUGAAUACAAACAGAUCUGCCAGCGUUUAGAAGACGAUUAUAAUGCUGCCAAAACAACGUUGAGCGAGUUACGGUCUAAGGUUUCCAAGUGUGAAAAAUGUAGGAGUUGCAUAAUGGAUUCGUCCAACAUAUUAGCAGACAUUGCGCAUCCUUUGGAAAAUAGGAUAGAUCCCAUGUUGCACAGAGUACAAGAAAGGGUACGAGAAUUGGAACUGGAAUUAGCCCAAACUAAACUGGCUCACGUUGAGGCUGAAUGUAGGAAUCAGGACUUGACGCAUCAGUUGCACGCCACUGCUUCUGAACUUCAAGCGGCGAGAAAUAGCUGGCCGUGGCUUAGCAAAACGUUGUCGAGCAUAAAAGAGGCGGCGAAUAAGAGAGAAGUGAUCGCUCCAGCCUUGAUGAAAGAUUUAAGACGAGAUAGCGCACCUGGAGGUGAAAUGCAUCACCUGAUACAUUCCCGUAAUCGCGAAACUCGCGAUAACCUUAAAGAACUUGUGUGAUGCAGUAAGUAUUUUGAUUCAAGUGUAUACGUGUACGUAUGUUCAAACUAGAAAGGCUAUGUUAAAUCAGAAACGCAAACUUAAUCGUGAAUAUUAUGCGUAUACAUAUAUUAAAAUAAGGUUACUUUAACUAGGGAAAGCGUUGGAAGAAGAACUUGUACUUUACAAGAAAGAGACAUAUGUCAGACACAAUUUUGAAUACACAAUGUACGUCCAUAAUUACAUGUAGUAUUCUAUUCGGUCUGUUAACGAUAUAUGCUCGGUAUACUGUUCGUCAGGUUCCUCAGAUGCACUAUUCGUCGCGUGCUUUUAGCGAGGGCAGCUUUAUCCUACGAUAUUGAUUAUUGAUCUUGAGAUAUUACUUGUUGAUAUUUGUUACUUUUUUUCUAGUAUACUCGUUUCUUUUUUUACUUAAAUUCGGUGCGUAUCUUAUUGAUAUUAUUCGCCAAGUAUGUUUCGUGCUUUAAAAAGUGGUUCUGUAUUAAACAACCGAUUCAAAGGCAGAGCGUAUACAAAGGAAAAAAAUAUAAAAAACGUUACAAUAGAUGUUAGCGAUAAGUUCACUACGUUUUGUAUGAAACUAGUCUAAGACAUGGAACAAUAGAAGUGCUAAUAAGAUCUACUGUACAUAAAUGGUACUCUCAGGCAACUAACAAACGUAACACACUGCAGAUAUCGAGGAUUCCAUUGUCAAUGGACUACAAAGUGGAUCAUGUAAUUGCAGUUUCAUUUUACUUUUCUCUAUCAAUUUAUUACGACGACAUUCCAAAAGCACACGAGGAGUGCGUUCUUUUUUUAUUCGAGCAACACUUUAUUUUAUAAUCAAGAAAUCGGCAAUUUUUGGUAAAACAAAUAUUUAUCACGCUAACUAAUACUGAACGUUUUCACAACUAUUUAAAUGAACGCUAAAUUAGUGAAAAAUAAAAGAGAAACGUUUCACAUAAUUUUUGCGUUUGAUUAUUUCGUGGUGAUCUUAAUAAUCGUUAAAAAAUUUUUUUUCUUUUUUCAUAAAUUGUAACAGCCUGGACAACAUAUUAUACCAUAGGGCUAGUUGUUAUUUUUUUUUUAAAUAUAUACUUCGUUUUGUUUUUGAGAGUUUGAUUUUCGAAGUUUGCUAAUUCAUGACGCGUACAAAAUGUGAGACUUAGAAGCAUAUUUAAUUGCCAUUUGCGCUUUGUUUAGACCGAGUCCGUAAGAAGUUAGACAUAAGGCUAUAAAUUAUGUUAAGGCACACCACUUAAGAUCAAAAUUUGAUCAGACGUUUCAUAAACAAUUCACUCGCGCGAACAAUAAAAUGACCGCUUGGGAGUAUAUUUUAGAUUGUUCAAUCUAGUUUCGUAAUUAGUGCCAUUCAUUCGAUAAAAGUGCGCAUUAAUUUAUUUUUUAUGAUUGAAACCGUGAACGGUCUUGACUGUUUACGGUAUCAAGGAUUACUGAUAUCGUGCCAUUAUCUUGCGUCGUACAAUUUACGGAAGAGAUUGGUAACGAUAAUUUCUCAUUUUCCAUUUUUUCUUUGAAGAUGUUAGUAAUUUAAUUGGUUUUAUUUUGUUGAUGUAAUAUGUACUCUAAUAUUAUAUUUAUAUAUAUUAUAUAUGUAUGUAUAUAAUAUAUAUAAUAUACACACAACCACGAUAAAUGGCAAAGUUUCACCUUAGAAACUCAUACAAGUAGUUAAUAAUAACAAUAAUAAUCCUGCGUCUUACACGAAAUAAAGGAUAAUAUACUUUUCUGUAAAUAUUAAAGAAAUCAAUAUCUAUUAGAGACAAACUACUAACAAGUCAUGUAAAGAUUUAGGAUUACUACGUAUGUAUCACUGUACACCUUGUAAUGUCAUUCCACUAUUAUUGAAAUAAAGAAGGAUAUCAUAUCUGUCUAUUUCAUAAGGGUCUUGUUGUAUUAAAAGAGCGUACGAUAGACUAGUUAGAUUGAUUCUUCGAAUCAUCUAAUAUAUUGACUGCCAUGUCACACACGUAUUCGUGACACUUGCAUUUCUAUAAGAACCCCUAAUUUUUACUUAUUUAUUUAGAAAUAUGCGCAUUAGGUACUGGAAGUUACGAAAUUUUAAAUAGUUUUAAUGUGGCAGUUAGCGUGCUAAACCAAGUAGUAAAAAAAAUGUUUAUUGAGAAGAUGUACAUUUAUUUUACUUGUCCAAAAUCGUUAUCGUGAAAAUGAAACGAUGUAUCAUUUUAUUUUUUGAUUGAUCUCAACACGUAAUGAAAAACGUUAUUAUAAAUUAAUGGAACAUUUUAUUAAACGGAUGCAAGUAGACAAAAACAUAACGCAUUGAUAAACUUUUGUAAACCAUAUACAGGUAAAAUAGCCCGUUACAAAUCCUGUUUAAGUACUUAAACGACACGACGA